AAUUAAAUUGCACUUUUUUCGUGAUAAUCUAUUAGUAGUUAACGGAGGAAAAUGAAGUUACCAAUUAAAUUCUUAUCAACCACAUACCCUACCUCCCAAAAAAAAAAAGCAAUAUUUUCUAUAUAAGUAGCCUUGAAAGGGUAACAUAUUCACAUCCAAUGGUCAUCAAUAGAUGUGUUGUCUUUACCAACCGGACAUAAAUCUGGAUAUGUAUCUAGAUUUGUAAAAAAAAAUAUAAUACUAGUUUUUUUUUUCUUGUCUUGUAAAGAUAAUCCCCAUUGUUUAUAUUGUAUAUACAUAUAUACAUAUCUAUAAAUAUUAUAUAUAUAAACUCUUGUCUUAAUUUAAUUUCUUUGAAAAUGGCUCUCAUAGCUGCAAUCAUAUGCUCUACCAUGCUUGUAAGUAUCAAUGCUCAUAUUGCUCAAUCAACUCAUCAUAAACAACCACUCCCACCAUUUUCUUGUGACUCCACAAAUCCAUCUACAAAGUCGUACCCGUUCUGCAACGUCGAUUUGCCGAUCGAAAAACGGGCCCACGACUUGGUCUCACGCCUCACGUUAGACGAGAAAAUCUCGCAGCUUGUAAAUAAGGCUUCGGCCGUUCCACGGCUAGGAAUACCGUACUACCAAUGGUGGUCGGAGGCUCUGCAUGGAGUUGCCAUGGCCACCGGAGUCGAAAACGGCUUCGCCUUCAACGGGACUAUUCGCGCCGCCACUAGCUUUCCGCAAGUUAUACUCACCGCGGCUACAUUUGAUGAAAAUCUCUGGUAUCAAAUUGGCAAGGUGAUCGGAGCGGAGGCUCGAGCAAUAUACAAUGAAGGGGAGGCAAUAGGCAUGACAUUGUGGUCACCAAACAUUAACAUUUUCCGAGAUCCGAGGUGGGGAAGGGGACAAGAGACACCUGGCGAAGACCCUUUCAUGACAAGUAAAUACGCCGUCUCGUUUGUUCGCGGAAUCCAAGGCGACAGUUUCGAAGGCGGCCAACUCAAAGACGGCCGUUUACAAGCCUCUGCGUGCUGCAAGCAUUUCACCGCCUAUGAUUUGGAGAGUUGGAACGGAAACAACCGUUUCACGUUCAACGCUCACGUGACAAAGCAGGAUAUGGCAGAUACGUAUCAGCCACCGUUCAAAAGCUGUGUAGAACAAGGUCGAGCGAGCGGGGUUAUGUGCGCUUAUAAUCUUGUAAACGGUGUUCCUAAUUGCGCCGAUUACGAUCUAUUAACGAAAACUGCUCGUGGCGAAUGGGGAUUCCAAGGGUAUAUAGUAUCCGAUUGUGACGCAGUCUCACUUAUUUACGAGAAACAGAAUUACUCAAAAUCGCACGAAGAUGCUGUGGCAGAUGUGCUUAAAGCCGGUAUGGAUGUCAACUGCGGCAGCUAUUUGGCGGAGCACACAAAAUCGGCAAUCGAGAAAGGAAAAGUGUCGGAAUCUGAUAUAGACAGAGCCCUUUACAACCUCUUCACCGUUCGGAUGAGAUUAGGACUUUUCAACGGCAAUCCAAGGAAACUUCCUUACGGAAACCUUAGACGUAAAGACGUCUGUUCUCACAAGCAUCAAAAUUUAGCCCUUGAAGUUGCACGUGAUGGCAUUGUCCUUUUAAAGAACUCCGCAAAUCUACUUCCACUAUCCAAGUCGGAAACAAAAUCUCUUGCAGUAAUAGGCCCCAACGCAAACGACUCGAGAACACUAGUAGGAAACUACGCGGGCCCGCCUUGCAAAACCAUUACUCCGCUACAAGGACUAAUGAAAUAUAUCAAGAAAACAAAGUUCCACCCGGGAUGCAAUAGCGUAAAUUGUACCUCAAUUGCCUCGAGAGAAGUUAUAAAGUUAUCGAAAUCAGCGGAUUAUGUGGUUCUCGUAAUGGGAAUCAAUCAAGAUCACGAGCGCGAAGAGCUUGACCGAGAAGACUUGGUACUUCCAGGUCAACAACAAGAUCUUGUAAUGAGGGUGGCCGAGGCUGCUAAAAAUCCGAUUAUAUUGGUAUUACUUUGUGGAGGCCCCGUUGAUAUUUCGUUCGCGAAAGAUAAUUCAAAAAUCGGGAGUAUUUUGUGGGCUGGAUAUCCCGGUGAAGCAGGGGGGAAAGCGAUUGCAGAGAUCGUGUUUGGUGACCAUAAUCCAGGAGGAAGGCUUCCUAUGACUUGGUAUCCAAAAGAUUUCGUCAAAGUACCGAUGACUGAUAUGAGAAUGAGGCCCGAUCCUUCGUCUGGAUAUCCGGGACGAACUUAUAGAUUCUACCAAGGCGAAAAAGUGUUUGAGUUUGGAUAUGGUCUUAGCUACUCAAACUAUUCUUACAAAUUUAUCUCUAGUAGUAAAAUCAAACUCGAUUUCAAGAAAUCAUCCGUUGGUAGUAGGGUUGGAAACUUGGGCGACAUUUCGGUUUCGGACAUUGGUUUGGAAUCAUGUGAGAAGGCAAAAUUUUCGGUUAUUGUACGUGUUGAAAAUGAAGGGAAUAUGGCCGGUAAGCAUCCGGUUUUGCUAUUCCUAAGACACGAUCAAGGUAAACAGUUGGUCGGAUUUCAGACAGUUAAGUUGGGUGCAAAGGAGAAGGCUAAUGUUGAGUUUCGGGUAAAUCCAUGUGAGCAGUUUAGUAGAGCUAUUGAAGAUGGAACAAUGGUGAUUGGAUCGGGGCUCCAACAUUUGGUUGUAGGAGAUCAAGAGUUUCCUAUUAGCACAAAUGUUUGAAUUGUUCACUUUAUUGAUUGAGAAUGUAACAUAUUUUGGGAAAUGUUUGAAUUGCCUCUAUUUGUAUAAAUUCUUCCCGGCAAUU